AACACAAAACUGAAAUUACGUCAUUACCCCUCCGGCUCUUCUCCUCUCUCUCUCUCUCCCCGGAACAUUAUCUCUCUCGGUCUUGGUCCAAAGUCUCUCUAGAAGCUCAAUCGAUGUCGUGUCCUAUCGACGCCAUCGCAUACAACGCCACGCGCUGCGCGUGCGGGAUCGGCCAGCUUCUAAACCGGAGCUCGGGAAGCUGCGAGAUCUUCGGCUGGCCGUCGACGAUCUCAACCGACAAAGACAUCAGCUACAAGGGAAUAUCCUUCGCGGAGACGCUCUUCGCCUUCGACAGGAUCAAGAAGGUCACGCAGUCUCAGGCCAUCUUCCUCGAAGCCACGUUCGUGUUGCUUCUCUCGUGGCUAGUCUUCUGCUUCUUCCUCAGAUUCACCAACCUCGGCGACGGUCGUAACGUCUGGUUCAAUCUCCGCUGGUGGAUUACUAGGCUCGAUGUCUUCUUCUCCACUAGGCAUUGGCUCGAUGAUCAGCAAGUUGUCAAGAAACGCAAGACGGAGCUAGGUGGAAUGUUCUCAGUUGCUAGCUGGAUUGUCUUCAUAGGACUGUUCGCUGCGUUGCUUUACCAAAUCCUAACCAAAAGAACCAUCGAAGUACACAACGUGAGAGCCACGGGUUCUCCAGACCUAAUCUCAUUCGAAAACGAUCUGGAGUUCAACAUCACCGCCGUCUCCGACAUGACCUGCUCCAACCUACGCGGUAUAGGGAACGUACUCACCGGCAAUCCAGGCUUCAGCGACCUCAAAGUAGCUUCUCUCUCAAGUCUCGGCAACUACACUUGCAGGAACACGACUUCAGGACCGACCGUGAACUUCAAGUGCGUCAGGUGCCGUCUCACCGACGACUACAUCUACAUCUCGUGGCACUUCGUCGACCUUCCUGGCUCCCCUGCAUCCGCGGUCGGGUUUCAGUUUAACUUCACUUCCAAGAACGGUGCUGACGACGAGAAUAAGCAUGUGAGUUUCGUUAGCGGCACGCUGAGAAACGGGAGCUUACUCGAUGAGAGACCGGUUACUUUCCGUGGGAACGAAGGGAACGUGUUGAAGUUUAAUCUGUUUCCGAGGAUCUACCAUCAUCUGAAGGAUCUUAAGCUUAUACAGCCUCUGUUCCAUGAGUUUAUCCCUGGCUCGGUUUACCGAGAGACUGCUCAGCUUCAGGCGUCUUUGGGGAGGUCAGCAGAUGGGAUGCUCAACACCACACUGUUUAUCAACUAUCUGUCUUCUUAUAUUGUUGAGAUCGACCGUGAAAAUAUACUCGGUCCUGUUAGCUUCCUUGCCGAUCUUGGUGGUUUGUAUUGCAUCAGUAUUGGCAUAUUUUUCUACAUACUAGUGCAGUGUGAGUACAGGAUCAAGAAGCUGCGACAUGAGGAUACAGUAUUCAGGAGGAUACGGAAACGUCGAAAAGCUCUUGACCAUUGGGAUAAACUGAGAAGAUAUGUUGCAUACACAUACGACUGCAGCAUAUUGGGUGAUGAUGCCAUCAGAACCAAAAAGUUGUCAUCGACCUUUUGUUUAGAGAAACCUUCAACAUCUCCUUCAGAAUGUGGAUCAUCAAGAACAAAAAUGCAGCAUUCUGCCAAGAAACCUGGCUUAAGUAUUGAGAAGAAUGUAACACCACAACCUGCAAGCCUAGAGAUGAGACCUUUAGAUUCAGCUUCUUCUUUGGCUCAUGGAGCUAUUACCUCAAAUAAGAUGAGUAUAAGCCAGUCUUCUCAUAGCAAUGGCGAUAUAAUCCCACCACCUCCUUCAAUGGAGUUCAGUGAAGGGUCUUGUAGUUCAGAAGUGGACGCAGUUGACAUUAAGAAGAAAUUUCAACUUCUCUAUGACUACAAUGUAUUGCUAAGGGAGAAACUUUUAGACACUCAGUCUUUGCUCAAUGCUUUGGGUGCCAAUGCACCAUCAUCAUCUUGAACCACAGAACACGGUGCUUAAAAAUCAUGAGGUAGUCUAACAAAUUAUUGUUUAAUUAUUGUUUGUAUUCUCUUUGUAACCUCCCCACUGUAUUCUCUUUGUAACCUCCCCAUACAUUACUGCUUGUUGUAGCUCUGUGAAUAUACCACAUUGCUAGUAGUAGUAGCAAAAUUAUCAUCAUUGAAAUUAACAAGAAAUGGGUUUCAUCA